AGAAGUGAGACUGAAGUUUUCCAGCAGCCGCUCGGUUGAAGCUUUGUGGAAGGAAACGCAGAGCUCGGAAACGAUGGAGACAGAAAUACUGAAAAUAAUCUGCGCCAGUCAAGGAGCGAUAGACACCGAUGAUUUAUUAUAUAAUCUAUUUUCCGACGAUCCCUCGAUGGUCUCGGAGAUCAUUUGUAACCGAGAGAAAUUUGUUUCGUGUUGUCCAAACGGACAGCCGAAGGUGGUGGCCAGGACCCGCCUGAGACUUUGCAGAGUCAAAGACUGCCCGCAGACAUGCAGGGCUCUGCACCUGUGUAAGAACUUCCUCUUCAGCGGAGUCUGUCAGUUCACUCAGCACAGGAGGGGCUGCCGCUUCUCCCAUGAGCUGAACUCUGAUCACAACCAAAGGCUUCUGAGAGAGCAUGAGCUGGAGAGUCUGAGCCGGGAGGAGCUGUGCACACUGCUGCUGCAGAACGACAAUGGACUCCUUCCUGACAUAUGCCAUGACUACAACAACGGUGAUGGAGAGUUCGGCAAGUGUAAUGAUGGUUAUGGUUGCAAGAGGCUCCACAUCUGUGAGCAGUACGUGAGCCGUGAGUGCAGCUGCUGGAGGAACCACGACUUUAAUGCUCUACAGCCAUUAAAAACUUUGCAAGAAAAAAGCAUACCUGGCACCCUCUUUCAGUUCUUGAAGCCUGUGUAUGCAAAUAAAGAGGCUUUGAGGCUGGCUGCAGUCAACGAGCGUGGUCAACAAAGACAGAGAGGGAGAGGGAGAGGGAGAGGCGGCAAUCAGGGCGGGAGAGGCGGCAAUCAGGGCGGGAGAGGCGGCAAUCAGGGCAACAGAGGUGGUAGGGGUACUAGGGGAAGCAGGGGCAUCAGGGGUAACAGAGGAAAUCAAAUCUGCCACCCACUGGAGUAUCGAGCCAGUUCAUUUAGUGUCUUCUUUGAUAACUUAAGUCUGUACACCAGUGAUGGACUGAAUGAAGACAGUGGUAAAAACUCUCCCAGUAGCGACAUCUCUGCUGCUACCAGCGACAAUGAUGCGACCAGCGAGAACGGUGAGACUAAAAAGCGGACACGCCGUUCGAAAAAGGCUUCAGCGACUGUCAGAGAGCGAGGCGAAAACAGGGGCAACCAUCAGCCGCUCCAAAAAACUCGUUCCUCCAGUGACAUCCACGCUGCUGUCGAUGAGGAAGCUGUGAAAGGUCAGAACAACAGACAAAGGCCCAUCAGAGAUAAAACAGAUAUAUGCAUGUACUUCAUUAAAGGACACUGCAAACACGAGGAUCGAUGUUUUAAAGCUCACGACAAGAUGCCAUACAGAUGGCAGGUCCAGCAGGGAGGCCAGUGGACUGCUUUGCCUGAUAAUGAGACAAUUGAGAGAGACUAUUGUGACCCCAGUAAAUCAUACAGCAGCACCAGCCCAGCCGUGCACUUUGAAACGAUGACCUGCGGAUCAGACAAAGUGCGUCGACUCUCGACAGAAAACUCAGUGAUUGAGCCGACCUACAUCCACACCACUGAGUGGCUUUGGUACUGGGAGGAUGAGUUUGGAGAGUGGAACAUGUAUUCAUCAGAUACUGGUGGACACAAAUCAGCAGACAUCAACAGCACAAAGCUGGAGGAGAAGUUCCUGGUCAACGAUAAAGACGUGGUGGAGUUCACUGCUGGUUCGCAGUCGUAUUCACUCAGUUUCCAGGACAUGAUUCAGACAAACAAGCGGUACAGCACUAAAAAGCUCGUGCGCAGACGGCCGCGGUUCGUCUCUGCUGCAGAUGUUCUUACAAAGAAAGUCAGAAGGCCUCUGGUUCAAACUUCAGCUCCAAUACCGGACAACUGGGACAAGACCCACAUCCCUGAAACCGGAUACAAGCCAGUCUCCCUCCAGCGCAGCUCAGGAGAGUUUAAGGAGGUUGAAGCUCUUUUCUGUAAAACCAUGAGAGGCUUUGAUAUGGUCAGCAUCGAGAGGAUUCAGAACAAAGCUCUUUGGGAAGUCUUUCAGUGGCAGAAGAAUCAGAUGAAGAGCAAAAACGGAGGCAGAAAUGUGACCGAAAAAAAACUUUUUCAUGGCACUGACUCCAAAUUUGUAGACACCAUCUGCCACCACAACUUUGACUGGAGAAUCUGUGGAACUCAUGGAACGGCUUUUGGCAAAGGAAGUUACUUUGCCCGUGAUGCCAGAUACUCCCACAACUACACCGGCGACACUGAUGUCAGAACCAUGUUCAUCUCACGGGUGCUGGUGGGAAACUACACCAGAGGGUCCUCCGACUAUGUCCGACCUCCUUCGAAGGACGGAGGGGACAUAAACUUCUAUGACAGCUGUGUAGAUGAUGUAAUGAACCCCUCCAUAUUUGUGGUGUUUGAGAAGCACCAGAUCUACCCCGAGUACCUGCUACAGUACAAGACCACGUACAGUGGUGGUGCAGCACCAGCACCGAAGCCAGUGGCAGCACCGAAACCAGUGGUAGCAACAAAGCCAGCAGCUACCCUAUCGGCAUCCCAGCCCAGCACGGUUUCGUCCCAGUACCGAACCAGUACUUCCUCCUCUUUGCACUCUCCUAGCACAGCCUCUUCCAUCUCCCGGUCUAACACAACCUCUUCCGGCUACCAACCCAGCACGGCCUCUUCUGGCUACCAGACCAGUUCUUCCUCCUCUGUGCACUCUCCUAGCACAGCCUCUUCCGUCUCCCGGUCUAACACAACCUCUUUGGGGUACCAACCCAGCACGGCCUCUUCCGGCUACCAACCCAGCACGGCCUCUUCUGGCUACCAGACCAGUUCUUCCUCCUCUGUGCACUCUCCUAGCACAGCCUCUUCCGUCUCCCGGUCUAACACAACCUCUUUGGGGUACCAACCCAGCACGGCCUCUUCAGGGUACCAAUCCAGCACGGCCUAUUCUGGCUACCAGACCAGUACUUCCUCCUCUUUGCACUCUCCUAGCAGGGCCUCUUCCAUCUCCCGGUCUAACACAACCUCUUUGGGGUACCAAUCCAGCAUGGCCUCUUCUGGCUACCAGGCCAGUACUUCCUCCUAUUUGUACUCACCCAGUGCAGCCUCUUCCUUCUCCCAGUCUACCGGGUACCCCCCCAGCAGAACAUUUAACCAAUCCAAACCGGUUCCUCCGCCAAAGAAGCCAGAUCCUUGUGUCAUUUUUUAACAACAGUGGUGUAAAGGGGGUGGGUGGUGUUUUGGAAUGGAUGAUAUCUUUUGAAGGACCCCAAUGGCGGCCAUGCAGAAUGCUUUAAGAAAUAAAUAAGAAUAUGCAAACACAUCGCGAUGUAACAAAGGGUGCUUUUAUCUGGAAGCUUGAGCACUAAAAGUAAUAAUCAGAAUAAAUUAGGAAAACGCAAAGCAGCAGCUAUUAAUGACCAUCCACAAUUAGCUCUUAUUUAACACAUCCAGAUUAGUAAAUGUGAAUUGUGAGCUGCUGUUUAUAAUUAACAGAUUGGGAGUUUAUGAUUAACUUCCCUGUCAGGUGAUUUUAGAGCAUUUUAGGUUAAAAUGCUGAAUAAGUAAGUAAGAGGUAGAUUUAUGAAGAAUGCUUCAGAAAUGUUACCCAAUUAAUACUUUUUACUUUAGAGUUUCUUUUUUGUUGUUGUUUUGCUGCUUGAACUUUUCCACCUCAACCAAAUGUAAAUUUCUUUUUUUAAAGAUUUCUACAAAUUGCCAACAUUUUCACUCAGUUUGUUUCUAUAUGCAAAUUGAAGGUGCACAUAAAAACAGGUUGGCGUGGGCACAUUUGUCAAGGUGUUUACAGAAAGUACACUAACUUUUAUGCAUAAUGACACAAAACUGCAGCAGCAUGCUGACUGUACCAGAAGAAACACCUCAGUGCUUUCCUCACAAUUAUCAUGAUUGUGAUCGUGAUUAGCUCAGGAAGUUUUAUACGCCGUUCACAUUUAUGAGUGGCUAUCGUAACAAACGCAUCAUACUGGAUGGAGUACUGAUGAAGACCACUGUGUCAGAUUAGGCCAUUAGAGUCAUGAAUUGUCAGUGACUCUCGGCUGAGACACAUGAUGGACCACGUGAUGGUCCCUGAUGACAGCUUUGCUGUUUCAGACAACCUUUGUGAUGUCAGCAGGGACCAACAUCUGGGAGCACGGAUCUAAACAAACAGCAGCAGCAUUUAUGAUACUCGCUGCUCUGUGUUUGGAAAAGCGUGAAAAAAAAGUAAGAAAAAUAAAAGAGAAGCAUGAAGGCGAUGCUUUACAACUUUACAACUGAUGUGACAAAGUCAAAGAGUACCUAGCUGCCAUGCCUGCUGAGUCACCUUAAAUGCUUCUCCUGUUCGGAUGCUCACCAGGCUGAGCAGGUGACUCACAUUUCAUAAGGCUGUUGCAGAGGCCUGGAUUCAAAUCUGCCCCUGUGGCUUUUGCUGCAUAUCUUCCCUAGCUUUAUUGUGGAAAUGUUGCUCUAGUGUUGUUGAUACUCAUCCCUGUUGUUGCAGCACUAAAAAAAAAGAGGCCUUACUGGUAGAGUGAGCCCCUUUCAGGGUGACGGUCAGGGUUUUGGGGCUUUUACUGCAUCCAGUGAGCUCCGAGCUCAUUCUGUUUGCCCGUCUCGUUCAUAGUUCAGCUGUAAAUGCAGAAAAAACAAACUUUAAAGUCUCUGUUGCUGCUUUUGUGUUGAGUGUUUCACCUGCUUAACACUAAAAGCAAAAGAAUACUGUUUUCACAAUAAUCUGUAAAGAUUGAAU